CUUUUUGAUUGGCGGUAGAGGUAUCCUAUCGGUGAAGUCGAAGCUCGCCUCGCCGCGACGGACCGGGGUUCUUUGCGGGUGUACACUUCAGACGCACCGAGUUGUUGCUAACCAAGAGGGGCUGCAAAAAUGGAUAACAACAGCAGUUACGCAGAUUUUGGAUCUUGGGGCAGUGCUGAAACAGCUGCCAAUCCUGCAGCUACAGCAUCAGCAGCAGCGACAGCCUCCACCACCACAGGGACUCCAGGUUCUUCUGCAAAUACCACAGGCUGGCAAGGAUACGAGGGCUAUGACUAUUACAACACACAGACAGGCACCGCCUCUACAGCAGCCACCUAUAACUACGGCACAGCAGGCACCUGGGAGGCUCCCAAGACAGACCCCAGCUCGACGAGCGGGGACACCAGCAUGAACACGGCCGGGUCGAUGGGCAGCGCGGCCAAGACCAGCAGUGAGGUGUCCGACUCCCUCAUCGCCAAGAUCAACCAGAGACUGGACCUGCUGUCCAAGGAAAGCGGAGUGCCGGACAGCCAGGAGAGCUCUUUCAGGUUCGAGUCGUUCGAGUCCCACGACUCCAGAGCGCCGCUGCCCGACCGGGACCUCUACCGAUCCGGCUAUGAUUACGGAGAGGGGGGCAGUACAGGGGGACUCCCAGCUCCAGCAGCGCAGCCCGACGCUGAGUCCACCUUCGGCAGUCGCUUCGACAACCCCUCCUCCUCCUCUUCCUCAGCCUCUUCGGGGAGCCGCAGAAGGGGCCGCGACAGAGGGGGUCGCGACAGAGGGGGCCGUGAAGGCUAUGGGGGCCCUCCCAGCAACCGAGGAGGAGGAAGGGGGCAAAACCAUCACCACCAGCGCCCCCCCAACCGCGGUCGGGGCAACUACUUCAACCCUCCCCACCACCUGCCCCAUCACCAGCAACAGCACCACCACCAACAGCCACCGCCGCCUGGUCGCUACAACAUGCCUCCGUCGAGCUCCGAGAGGCUGUCUGCACGAUGGAAUGAGCUCAACUACAUGGGACCCCGAGGGAUGGGGAUGGGAGGUGGAGGAGGAGGAGGAGGAGGGUGCAACAUGGGCAUGGGCAACAGGCUCCCCUCUCUCUUCUCCCAAGCCCUGGUUCCUGACUAUCCCGGCAUGCAUGGCAGCGGGCCACCCAUGCCAGGGAUGGGGAUGGGGAUGGGAAUGGGGAUGGGGAUGGGAGGAGGAGGAGGAAUGGGAGGAAGGUUCCCCAUGGGCAACCACUACGGAGGAGGCCGUCAACGCAACGGGAGAAACCGCAUGCGAAACGAAGGAGACAACCGACCGAGACUGCGAGGGGGCCCCAUGUUCCGAAACUUCGAUGGGCGGAAAAGGAGGCAGUCCCAGACCUCAGACGAGCUCGACAGUAAAUACCGCAGGACUGACUCCGAGGAGGAGGAGGAGGACUGUGAAGACGAUGACAACGAAGAUAAAGAAGAAACCGAAGAGGUUGUCGGUGAAGAUGGAGAAAAGAAAAAGAAGACUGCUGAGGGAGAGGAAGAGGACGAAGAAGCAAAGAAGAAAAAAAGAGAGAAGAGAAAGCUGGAGAGGCAGAACCAACGGCAGAAAGACCGCUACCAGGAUAUCAAAGAGCAUAAACGAAUGCAGUUCGCCUGCUCCCUGUGUAAAUUCCGUACCGUGGAGGAGGAAGAAGUGCAAGCACAUUUGGAAAGCAAGUUCCACAAAGAGAUUUUCAAAUUCAUCAACACCAAGCUGCCAGACAAGACUGUCGAAUUUCUACAGGAGUACAUAGUGAAUAGGAAUAAGAAAAUUCAAAAGCGCCGUCAGGAGCUCAUUGAUAAAGAGGGGCCCAUACAGAAGCAAGACCCUUUCAAGGGUAUUGCCCAGGAGCAGUUCUUUAAGAGGAUCGAGGCGGCUCACUGCAUGGCUUGUGACAUGAUAAUCCCUGCACAGUAUCAUCUGCUCCAGAGACACCUGCAUUCUCCUGAACACAACCGGAACCGCAAGGGAAUUGCAGAACAGUUCAAGAAGUCCAGCCUUCAUGUAGCCAAGAGUGUGCUGAAUAACAAGCACAUUGUCACAAUGCUGGAGAAGUAUUUAAAGGGCGAGGAUCCGUUCACCGAUGAGAACGUCGACCAUGACGUGGAGCUGGACGAGAGCGUCGAGGGGGCUCCUGCAGGGGGCGCUGUGGGGGAGACGAGCGCAGCCGGGGAGAGGAAUGAAGAGGAGAGACAGCCGGGGGCAGAGGCCGGCGCUGACGCCACGGCUGCCAGAGAAGAGACAACCGCGACGGACGAGGGAGAGAGGGAAGGGACACAGGGGAAGGAGGGAGGGGAUGAAGGGAGAGAUGUGAUGAUGGAGGAGGAGGAGGAGGAGGAGGAGCAGGCUGGUCCUGAUGGAGAGGAGGAGGAAGACGAAGAGGAUUUGGAGGAAGAGAACCCCAUGGCGUGAGAUCUGAGAUGCUGCGUGUCGCAAAAACAAAUCUUUUAAUUAAUCCUUGUUAUAACAACCCUGAAGGUCUGGGGUGUCCAAUCAUAUUUCACUCUAGGUUUAACAGGUAAGAUGAUAGGAUUACCUGCUUCAGGGUCUGGACGGAGGUUUCAUUGGUUCAGGAACAGGGCUGGAACAAAGACCAGGAGUGGAAGAGACAGCUUUGGACACCCCGGCAGGAGGUGAACGUGCAUCAAACAGAAACAUAACCGCUCUAGUUAAUUUGUUUUCUUUAAAAAAAAAAGAAUAUGUUAAUAAUUAAGACAAAGUAGAGAAGGCGUUAUUUUAUUACGGGAGAUUGUAUUUCAGUUUUGUUUGUUGUUUUUUUUUAAUUCAGCCUUGUGUGUUUCGGUAGGUUCUGCUUUUUUGUGUUCACAAACAAUCAGCAAUAUUACAAAAAUGUUACUGUUUUAAGGUUUUUGAUUGCAAGUUAAAUAAUAAAAAAAUGUGUGUGUGUGUGUGUAUAUAUAUAUAUAUAUAUAUAAACAUUCCCCACUCCUCUUCUCCUGCCCCUCCCUCCUUCCAUCAUUUCUUUCUCUCCCUAAUGUUCAAGCUUCUUAAAGCUUCUUAAUGUUUGUUUUUGCACAUCGAGGGAUAAGAAAAAAUAAAUGUGUCUAAAAGAAAUGGCUGUUUUUUGACAUGCUACUUAGAAACUGGAUUUUGUUUACAUUUAAAUGAUCUAAUAGCAGUGAAAUCCAUUUAAAAGGAGCAUAUUGUUAACCUGUGUUGCAGGAGGGUGGAGGCAUUUACAAGGUAGUUACACUUCUCUUGCUCUUGGUAAAGCAGGGAUGUAAAUAAGACUCCUAUUGCAUAGCAGUUUCACCCGUUCCAGGUUUUAAUAUGUGCUUGAUUAGCCCCAGUGUGUAUAGAUAACAAGCUUGGGUGUGUCUUGUUCAACUCAUUGUAAAACCAGGAGUGGAUCAAACAGCUAUCCAGUGGGAGUCUUCUUUGCAUCCCUGUACAGAAUACAUGACGGGAGUAGGUAGGAGCUCCUGUAAAAAGUGUUAUUUGCUUUAGAAACAAAAUCAAGGACUUCCAAGGUGUAUUUUAACACCUUUAAGCUUUAAACUUUUAAGGUGGUGGAACGGGUUUGCAGUAGUUUCUAGGGUGCAGCCCUACCAGUAAUUUGUCCACUGUUGAGUAGAAUUUGAUUUUAACUACGAGAGCUGUCAUAACCCAGAUAAUGAAGCCUUGAUUUUUCUAUGAAGCUCCUGAGCCUUCGUGACCCCUCGUGACCUCUAACAAGUUUUAAAAGCCUUUGAUUUCUGUGAUUGACCCUGUCUGGCUCUGGAGUUUGUAAUCCAUCGGAGCAGUUCUCCAGUUUUACUAGUCGUCUCGUGCUUGUUAUCUUUGAAGUCACUCCGCAGUAUUGGUCAGGUGAAGCCAACGUAGUUGAAAUGUAAAACACAGGGCAGCUGGCAGUUUGCACUGCACAAAUGAAAUAGGGAAGGUAGCAUUCCACAGCAGCACUGAAUUUAGCAGAACGUGGACGAUAGACAGCUAUAGGAAAGAUGUUAAAACUCAAUGUUCGGGCCACGGGAGUCAAACUAUUGCAAAGCUUCAUUAAAAGUAAUUAAGUUUGUAAAGUAACAUUAAAAAGCAUGUGUUUGUGUAUAUAUAUAUAUAUAUAUAUAUAUAUAUAUAUAUAUAUAUAUAUAUAUAUAUAUAUAAUUUGGGAUGGGACGAAUACAGCGGUUCCGAAUAAUUUUCUUUUAAGGUCUCACUGAAUCGACACAUUUCAAUUGAAAGCUGGUUAAACUUUUAAUUCACACAGUUAGGUUGUGCUGUGUUUACAAUCGCCAAAGUGCUUUCAAUUAAAAACAAAUUGUUGCCUUUUAAUGUGUAGACAGGUGAGUUUCGUGUGGCCGAUGCAGAUCCACAUUAUAAACACAUAAGCAUAACAACAGUGUGCAACGUCUUCAGGUAGGGUUUUAAAAGAUCCCUCAUGUUACAAUUCUUCGAUCUAUUGAUGUUGAGGUUUAAAAGUUUUAAAUUGAGAUGAGGCAAAACAUACAUGAUGAUAAUUGGCCAGUUAAAAUCUGGCAAUUCCCUUUGAAUCGAAAGCACUAUGCAGAACCCUACAUGAAGACGUUACACACUACAGCACAACCUAAUUGUGUGAAUUAAAAGUUUAACCAGCUUUCAAUUGAAAUGUGUCGGUUCAGUGAGACCUUAAAGGAAAAUUAUUAGGAACCGCAGUAUUCGUCUCAUCCUCUAUAUAUACCUACACAGAACUGACCGAAGAUGUGAAGUCACAAAACAGCCUUGAUUUCAAUGUAGGUUUGAAAAUGAUGCAAUUUGAUCCCUUCUCUGACCUUUUUAAAAAGCAUUUGCAACGAAACAAAAGGGUUGUAACCUACACGGUGUGCAAUCCCAAAUAGAUUCAAAACCUUGAAAUGUUUUCUUUUCAGCCGGUGCUAAUGCUAACACGCUGUGACGUGAAAGAUGUGAAUGAACAAUACCUUAUUUGUGUUUCUCUUCCCUCCAGUCGAAGCCAGGGUCAGCGUUACUAGUUCAGAAUUCACUAGUACUAAAAACGAUAGUAUUGAUUAGAAAGAUCAGAUGUUCCACGCUGAAAUGGUUGUCUAAUUUUACAACUAAGGGCUUGAUUUGAUCAGCCUGUACCUGACAGUCCACAGCUGAGUUUUAGAGAAUUUUACAGCAUCAGGAGUCGCCCUGAAUUGCAUCAGCCAUGUAUUUUUUAGUGGUACUCCCAGGAUAACUGGACAGUUGGUUGAUGUCGAUCCAGAGUGAUUUCCAAGUACUUUUAAAAAGAUCCUUAAACCCAGCAGGGUUGUGAUCAAAUCAACUAAUACAUUUCUUUUUGGUAGCCCUGUAUAUCUGUUAUAAUUAUUUGUAAGUUCUGGGUAAUUCAUAGUUCAGUUUCUUUUUUUCUUUUUUUUCUUGAUGGAGUUUGGAAGAGGGGAGGGUGCGGGUUCUGUGUGUUUGUAUAAAAGGCUGGUGAUUUGAGGGAUUGAGCUGUUUGUUGAAUGUAAAGUUUUGUAGCCUGGAUGAGACCCGGGCUUUCUUGCAGAAGUUUAAAAUGUAAACAGAAAUGUUGAUUAAAAGAUUUAUAUGAAAGA